UAACUGUCAAAUGUCAGUUGUUCCGUCAUCAUCUCAUCUGUUUUUUGUCAGAUUUGACACGUUUGUUUUUGGAAAGUAAAUUAAUCAAAAAUUAAAUAUUGAAAAUAAUGUUAAAAUGGCUAGUCCUAUCGAGGACAAUCAUUGGAUUGGCGAUUUAGAAAAUGCCCUGCAAGAAGAAUGUUCGGCUACCGACAUUUACUGUAUUUGUAAAGGAAAAGCCUUGCCAGAAAAAUGGAGAUCUGAUGUUUGGCAGAUAUGCCUGGACGUGAGAGACAAGGGCAACCAACUCGACCACUUCAACGAAGUAUUCGAUUUACCAAAUCAAACAGUACUUAGAGAAGAUUGCACGAAUUUCGUUUCGAAAUUAGGAAACGAAGAAGAAGACCGACUGUCGGUCAUUUCAGACUUGGAAUCGAUAAUAACAUUCUACUGUAAAAGUAGAAACGUAACUUAUACCAGACAUAACGGCUGGCUGGAACUGCUAGCUCCGAUUUUGACAUUGAAAACCCCUAGGUCUACGACUUAUAAUCUAUUUGAAGCAAUAAGAGAUACUUACGUGCCACAGAGCUGCCAUACCGAUGGAAACGCUUUCCAUAUUCUUAGGUUGCUUUUGUUGUAUCACGAUCCUGAAUUAUGUUCGUUCUUAGAUACCAAACGUAUUACAGCCGAGCAGUAUUGCUUGACGUGGUUUCAAUCUCUGUUUGCAGCCACUUGUAACUUAGAAGUCGUUAUAUGCAUGUGGGAUUACUACUUUCAACAAUCCGAUCCUUUUUUUAUAUUUUUUCUAUCUCUGAUCGUAGUGGUUAACGCUAGAGAUCAAAUUAUCUCUAUGAAAGAUGAAAGUAGAGAAACAAUCGUUGCUACAUUAACGAACAUGCCUUGUGGGUUAGAAGCGGAUGACGUAUCAGAUUUCUGUACCUUAGCACAAUACUACGCUCUUAAAACUCCGGUAUCAUUCCGAAACGAUCUAAUGCAGAACGUCUACAGUGGUUCUCUGCUCUAUUCUUCGGUGGUAUCGCAAGCUUUAUGUCUACCGGUAACUGUUCAUGAGUUGGUGGAGAAUACCAGUCAUGAGGCGUCUAGCGUGGAUGCAGUUCGAUUUUUUUUAGUGGAUUGUAGGCCUAUAGAACAUUAUAAUGCCGGUCAUUUACCUACGGCCUUUCAUUUAGAUUGCAAUUUGAUGUUACAAGAACCCAGUGCUUUCGCGACCGCCGUACAAGGAUUGCUGAGCGCACAAAGACAAGCUUUGGCUCAUAAAUCGAGUGCUGGUGGCGAACAUUUAUGUUUCCUCGGAUCAGGUCGCAACGAAGAAGACCAAUACACCCACAUGGUAGUCGCUUCGUUCCUUCAAAAACACACCCAGUACGUUUCGUUACUAAACGGCGGCUACAUAGCCGUUCACAAUUACUUUUCCGAUCACAUCGAAGAUUUUUUACAAGAUCACAAUCCGAAGCAUUGCAUCGUUUGCGCGCCGAAAUACGCCGAAAACGUUGCGCAGGAACAUCACAAACCGUCCCAGUCUCAGGAUCUGUUCGGGAAAAUAUCGGCCGCCAUGAAGUCCAAGUCGGCCGAAGUUAAGGGGAGGUUGAUCGAUUAUAUAGUGAAUCCGAACAGUAGUCCGAUGCCAGAAAGGCACGUUUCUAGUAAUGAUAAAAUCGGAAGGAGGUAUCGAGAUGUUACUCCAGUUUUUAGCAUCGAUGAUGAUCAUGAUAAUGUUACUAACGAGCGUUCUGACCACGAAGAGAAGCAAGAACUAGUCCAAAUCUCAACCUAUUUGAAAAACCCGGAAAUAAUCGAACAUUUCCCGUGCCAAGAAGUCAAACUUAACGGAUUCAUGUACAAAAGCCAUUUGAUGGUCACCAACGCAGAAUUGAUAGUACUGAGAGAGAUCCCUGAUAUAAAAGGUUCUGCGGAGAUCAUCGUAAAGCGUCCUCUAUCGGCGAUAGUUAAAAUAACAGCGAGGAAGCGCCAUCCGGAGUUGAUAACGUUCAAAUAUGGCGUACCAGACGGGGAGAACUUGAAAAUAUCAGAUAUGGAUAGAUUUUUAAUACCGAAUGCGGAUAAAGCUACCAAAGUUGUUUCCGAUCAGAUUCUGAAUCAACUUAAAGCUAAAGAGUGAUUUUAAUUACCUUUAUUAGUUAAUUAAACUUAAGCUAAAAACUUUUUAUUUAUUUGUAAUUAUUGAUAACCUUAACGUGC